AAUGAUGUAAAUUUCUGACCAUACUCCAGAAGUUGGAUUGGACUUCUCACUCCAAUCACUUUACUCCUAAAAUCUCUCUCUGUUUGUGUGCAAAGGUCGAAAUUUCUGACCAUCUUUUUGUUAAUCAUGAAUAUCGCAAACUGGGUUCUUUUGGUUGUUACUCUGCUAUUUGUUAGAUUUUCUGAUGGCUCUUUGAGCUCAGAUGGGUUCUCAGAAAUUCCCAAGAAGUUUUUGGAUUUUGCCAAAAGGCAGGAGGUUGUGGACUGGAUGGUUGGUGUUAGGAGGAAGAUACAUGAGAAUCCUGAACUGGGUUAUGAGGAAUUUGAGACUAGUAAGCUUAUUAGACAAGAGUUGGAUAAAAUGGGUGUUAAGCAUAAAUACCCAGUUGCAGUUACUGGUGUUGUUGGUUUCAUAGGGACCGGUGAACCUCCUUUUGUCGCAGUUAGAGCUGAUAUGGAUGCUCUUCCCAUGCAGGAAAUGGUGGAGUGGGAGCACAAGAGCAAAGUUCCCGGGAAAAUGCAUGCUUGUGGUCAUGAUGCCCAUGUCACUAUGCUUCUUGGUGCUGCAAAAAUCCUUCAAGAGCAUCGUGAAGAUUUAAAGGGUACUGUUGUUCUUGUUUUCCAACCUGCUGAAGAAGGAGGUGGAGGAGCAAAGAAAAUUAUCGAUGCAGGAGCAUUAGAUAAUGUUAAGGCUAUCUUUGGGUUGCAUGUUUCACCUGAUAUACCGGUAGGUCAAGUAGCCUCAAGGCCAGGUCCUCUGUUAGCUGGGAGUGGCUUCUUUGAAGCAGUAAUUACUGGAAAAGGAGGUCAUGCAGCCAUCCCCCAGCACUCAAUAGACCCAAUAUUGGCAGCAUCUAAUGUGAUUGUAAGUUUGCAACAUCUGAUUUCACGUGAAGCUGAUCCACUUGACUCACAGGUAGUGACAGUUGCUAAGUUUCAAGGAGGUGGAGCAUUCAAUGUCAUUCCAGAUUCAGUCACUAUUGGCGGCACUUUCCGUGCGUUUUCAAAGGAGAGCUUCAUGCAAUUAAAGCAGAGGAUUGAGGAGGUUAUCAUAGGGCAAGCUGCUGUCCAGAGGUGUAGCACAACUGUCAAAUUCCAAGGAGACGGUAAACCUUUUUUUCCUCCAACUGUGAAUGACAAAGACUUACAUGAGCACUUCCAGAUAGUUGCUAGAGAUAUGAUUGGAAGUCAGAAAGUUAGCAUUAUGCAGCCAUUGAUGGGCUCUGAAGAUUUUUCAUUCUAUCAAGAAGCAAUGCCUGGAUACUUUUACUUUCUUGGAAUGAAGAAUGAGACGCUUGGGAAGCUUGAGUCUGUGCACUCUCCCUACUUCACAGUCAAUGAAGAUGCACUUCCAUAUGGUUCGGCUCUUCACGCAUCACUGGCUUUAAGAUUUCUUCUUGAUUUCCAACCAAAAAUUUCUUCUUCAGUGGGAAAACAACACGACGAACUGUGAGUUGCUGAUGGACUGUCUUCUGAACAUUUAUGAAACAUGGUUUUGUCAUAUUCUUUCAUGGAGGGAAGUGAGAUUAAUACUGUUAUACUGUCUUGGUCGUAAAUAUAACUAUUGUUGAAGAUUUAGUUGAAUCUUAUCAUCAGAAUUUUAAGUUUGCUUCCCAGAAAAAGUAUUACUUCUGCUAUAGUCAAUACCAAUUCAAAAUAAUCUCUGUAGUAGUCUUUAAUCUAUGACAAAUCAGUUUUCUACCA